AUGGCACAACAGGGCAUGGCAUGGGAUCCCUUCCCAUCCCUAUCUGAGCGACAGAUCGCCUCCCCUCGGCCUCUUCCGGCGACGCCCAGACGAUUCCCUUUACUCACCAGUUUGAGCACCUCGGUGAUCAGAAGAGCGGCCCCCUUACUUCCCGAUGAGGGGCAAGAGGAGGCUCGAUCAGGAUCUUGGUCCGGUGAUCAGCCGGUUGCUCACUUUGCCCCGCGGCAUCGGUUCUUAGUUGAUUGUGAGGCGACCAGCGGCCGUCAGCUUGCACCUCUCGUUCCAUAUGGUCAUCGGCAGUAUCUUUCGCUUUCCCAGUCUCUCACUUCAGGAGAAGGUGUGCCGAUUGGUCUGAAACGGAAGGAGCCUGGUGAAGAAUUAUCUCGGUCCGGCGUUCACAGCCUAUUGACCGAACCGCUCCACACUAAGCCAACGUCACGCGAACUGCAACAUCAAAGGCGAUCAUCUGUUAACCCGGCUCACGAUGAAGCUCGUGGUGCUGUCGUGUGUCAUCGAUGGCACCAAGGGGCGGCCGACGCUCUGCAAGCUUAUGCAGAGAUCAGGGAAAGGGAAGAUGCGAAGAAGGACACAGCUCAGCGGUCCAUGGCGGCACGCGAAGCCGUGCUCGCUCCGAUUGACGGACAAGCCGUCCGAGAUGCACUCUACGAGCUACUUAACGCCCCACCCUUCACCAUUUCUCAUCGAGGUCUUGGCAUUCUCUCUCACAGUGUCCAAUCGGACGCUUUGAGACUUGACCGACCUAUCGUCGACGAUCAAGGCAACCCUUACUCUGAAUACAUUCUCAUGUUCGUCAAUGUCUUUUUGAUCCUCUUUCGACCGGUCUCCAGUUCGUUGAUCCCGCUCAAAACUGGAGUCGGGGAAAGUGGAGAGAAUGACGAAACGGAUCAAAAGGCUUUCGGCGCUCUUACUGCUACCUCGCUCGCCUCUCGAGUUUUGAUCCUGAUCCCUCAUACACAUCAUCAUAUUCUCCGCUGUAUUUGGUUCGCUCUGACUUUCCUGGGCUGCGCAUACGCGGGCUCGAAACGGGGCGUGGCGGUCAAAUUCCUCUUGGAUCGAUUGAGUGAAGAAUGGACAGCGAGAGAGGCUAGGGGAAGCCAGAGAAGAUCAUCAGCAGCUUGCAGAGGUCACUCGGAUACUGAGAGACGGAUUGCGGUGAUUGAAGCCGUCUGGUUGGAGCGAGCGAGGCGGGUAGACGCGCUGAGAAUGGCAGCUGAGACGACAAAGCAACGAGAGAGGUUGAGAAUCGGUACGGUCUGGCUGGAAAUGAAGGGUUUAGCGGGACAAGUUGAGGGGAACGAUGGUCACGGUUCAAGACGAGCAGGAUCUCAUGACCCUUCUCUUUCGAUACAACUCAGGUCUCAAUCUACCCCUCUGCGACGUAUAGCUCGAUCCAAGACAUCCAUGACUAUCGCCACGCCAUCGUCCCCCAAGAUCCCUCCGUGCCAAUCCCGCCCUCAACUUGUUGUUCCCACACUUCCGCGGAUCGAGCCUCGUCUGUCCCCUGGGACCUCAAGCAAAAGGAGAAAGUUGCGUCUCUCCCCAGAUUGA